CGUCACUCCCAUAACCUGAACAUACAAAAUACAUGUCCUUUCCCACAUAUCUGACUCAGACUCUUCCCUCUCUAAUGGAUUUUCGAGUUCUCACCUUCUUUCUUUUCAUAGUCUCCUCUUUUCUCUUCUCCCAAUAUAAGGCCGAAGAUAUUAGUCCUGUUUUCUUCAUUGAUAGUCCACAGCAUCAAUAUCUUCGUACUUCCUCUCAAAACAAUGUCGUUCGGUCUCAUUCAAUAUUGCCAUCGGAAGUUGGAGCUGCCAUUUCAGUCUUGCUUGGUUUUGCGCCUCCUGCUACGCUUACAGCGGAUGGUUCAUCUAAGUUGAAUGAAGUUCUUGUGCCUAAUCCAUUUAAUAGACCACGUGCUGUUUUAAUGCUGGAAGUUAGAGGAGUUGUUGAUCCCAAGCUCUCAGUUGACCUUGAUGGUACAUGGUUAAGUGAUGCCUUUAACAGUAAGGUUAAUCUUGGUUCAAACAAAGUUGACAUUCAACUUCCAGGCGAGAAUGAAGUUUCUGUAGUUUUCCUAGAUGAACAAUUAGCAGAUCACUCCGAAAAAGAAAUUCAUGAAUUUGCCUCUUGGUUGGGUGGGUCAUAUAUUGCUGAUGCCUCAGAACUGCUAAAUGGAGAGUUGAUUAUUCCUGUGGCCAAUGGUGUCAAUGUUAAUCUUCAUAUCUCAAAGAAAGCAGAGAGAGACUUUGCUUUUAGUCUUUUGGCUCUAUGCCAAAAUAUCAAGAGGGCGAUGGAUGUGCAUGAAGUUUUGGCACAGAGUACACAAAGACCUGCUGAAUUAAUGAUGGGUUCUUUUGACGGAAUUAAGGCUUUACAAGAGCAAUAUGGACCUGAAGGUGUUGGCCAGCAAGGGAUGAGACUAUUGCUUGCAACACUUUCCAAGAUAUAUGAUUUAUUACUAUCAUCUUAUGAAGGUCAAAUAGUUGGAGUUAUCUUCUUUAAUGGUGCACCAUCUCAAGAGUCAGAAACUGUGUUGAAUUUGAUGUUCACUUCCCAACCAUCUCCACGUUGGUUGGCAGAAAGCAAGUCUAAUGCAACCAUGGCUGCUGAGGUGGUGUUGGUUAGACGGACACUUGCUUGGUUAACGGGGAUUAUUCUUCUCAUUGCAACUCUUUUAGGGAUCUACUUCCUUCUGAAUAUGCCACUUACAAGGGACACCCUUCUGUAUUCAAAUGUCAAGCUCGACUAAAUCAAAGAAAGCUACCUGGCCAACUUUUCUACUUCCAGAAUCUGUCUAGGAUGCCUUUGAACCAUAUACUUGGGUUUACUUGUAGAUAUGUUACCGAUGAUGCUUUUUACGUUGUUAUGAAACCCAUUUCUUGUUCUGCCUGUUUGGCUAGUUAGCUGCUCUUUUUCAGCCACCAGUAGCUCAACCAAUAAGGAAUUGACUUACAAAGAAAUUGAUGGUCGUAAGUUUAUUUUUCAAUUGUGGGUUUUGUAGGAAGGAGAGAUAAAAUGUAAUGUGUAAUAAUAUUUAUAUAGUGUGGUUUAGUAUAACUUAUGAUUAUUGGAUUAUGAUUUUAUGCAUAAUUUGAUUAUAUGAUGAUCAA